AUGUCCCUGCCACGAGGCGUCGGCCUCGGGGUCGACGUGGGCCAGCUGAUGCAGCACCAGCAACAGCAACAGCAGCACCACGUGCUGCCGGCGGCCUUCUUCUUGCGCGCCAGCGCCGAGCGCUAUCAGAGGACGCCGAAGUGCGCGAGGUGCAGAAACCAUGGCGUCGUCUCGGCCCUGAAGGGACACAAACGAUAUUGUCGGUGGAGAGAUUGCGUCUGUGCCAAGUGCACCCUCAUCGCGGAGAGACAACGCGUCAUGGCUGCCCAGGUCGCCUUGAGGAGGCAGCAAGCUCAGGAAGAGAGCGAGGCCCGAGAGCUGGGCCUGCAGCUGCAGUACAACAACGGCAGCUGCGCGACCGCUCCGGUACUGCCGUCCGCCGCAGCGGCGGGCACGCCGACCGGUAGCCCGCCGCCGCAUGCGGCGAAUCCAACGCAUCCGGCCCACGGGGCCCAUCCGACGCAUCCGGCCCACGUCGCCGGACCCGGCGGACUGACGAUCCCGGCCGCGGCCGCGGCCGCAGCCGCAGCCGCAGCCGCUGCGGCCCAGAUCCAGACGCAACUGCACCAGCAGCCCGACUGCGGCCUGCUGCAGCGGAUGCGCGUCCCUCAGGACGACUAUCGGCAGCCGAAGAUCGAGAAGUCCGAGCAAGGUCACAAUUCCGCGUCCGGAAACGCAGGCACGAAGCGAGCCAGGAUCUCGGUGGAGAGCGGCAACGAGGACGAGCGGGACUCGGACUCCGACCUGGGGGCGGGUAAGGCGCGGCACGCGUUCUCGCUUGGUUCCCGGUCCCGAUCCCGGUCCCGAUCCCGGUCCCGAUCCCGGUCCCGCUCGCGGUCCUACUCCAGGUCGCGCUCCCCGUCGCGGUCUCGCUCGCGGUCGGACUCACGGGCGCGCGUGGUUGCUCCUCCAGGCCCCGGCGGGGACCGAGCGGACCGCCCCGGUCGGAACGACUCGGAGGAGGGCAGCGCCGAGCCCGGCUCGCCCAGUCCGACGCACACGCCGCCGCUCACGCCCGCCCUGACGCCGCAGCGCGCCGACACCCCCGCCCCGGAGAACCUCAGCAUCCGGAAGGCCGGCACCCCGCCGCAGGCCCAGACGGCCCUGCAGGCCGUCGACCUGGUACAGCCCAGGCAUAGCCCGCCGGCGCCCUCUCUGGCCGCCGCUGCGGCCCAUUUUUCCCCCUACGCGCCCCUUUACGGGCCUGCCGCGAGUUCGCUCUACUGCUCGCCUAGCCUCUAUCAGCACCACCACCAUCUGCCCGAGCCCAGGGAGAUCCAGAUGCAGAUGCAGAUGCAGAUGCAGAACAUUCAGCAGCCCUGCGGCCUGCAGGUCCAGCAGCAGCAGCAGCAGCAGCAGCGUUCCCCGGUCGACGUCUUGCUCAGGGUCUUCCCGGGUCGGCGCAGGGCGGACGUCGAAGCUCUCCUGCACAGGUGCAAGGGUGACGUCGUCUCGGCGAUGGAAGUCCUGGUCUGCGAGGACAGCUUGCAGCCGAAAUCCGCGUUCUCUCCGCUGGCCGGCGCCCUGGCGACGGCGGCGGCCGCGUCUGCGGCUUCCGCAUCCGUUUCCGCCACGGCCGCGUACGCCUCCAGAGCCGGGUAUUGCGGACCUAGUCCCCCGACCAGACACAGGUUCCUGGCUGCCCCCUACACCGGGACAGGAUACCUGCCCACCGUCAUCAGGCCCCCCAAUCAGGCCCUCCAUCCCAACGGCACCGACGCAUACCGGGAGACCAGUCCCGACGACGCCAGCGACAAAACCAGCUACUCCGAGUGA